AUUUGGCCUGCGCUUCUGUUUCUUCUGGUUUUGCGCUUUCCCUACAAACCCCUUCUUUCCUAAUUUCCCUCUCUUCGCUCCCUUCUCUGCGCCACGAUAUUCUUCUUCUCGACUAGCCAGCUGGCAUGGCGUCCUGGGACACUGACGAUCAAUCUCGCCCACGUUAUGAUGACUACAACAACAAAGCGCGACACUCACGCAACGACUCGACACUCGACCCCACCUACCACGAUCCCACGCGCCUAUCUUCAUAUCCUAACAUCCCCAUCCGAAGCCACAGCCGAGCAUCGAGAAGCAGAAAUCAUAGUCGAGUACCACGUCGAUGGCCACCUCCACCGAGCGUCGAAGACGAGGAGGCAUCGAUGAGGCGGGAACACAAGCCAGAAAGAGCCAACUACGAUCGCAUCCCGUCACGAGGCACCGUCGGACAAGAGCCACUACUGAUUGAUGUGCCCGGCUAUACCCAAGAUCGCCGUUUUGUCUGGGUCCCAUCGACACAAAAGUCUCCUAGAGCGCCUUCUACACCCCCUUCAAGCGACGAUGAGAGAGCAAGGCACCGUGAGAAGCGCAAAGGUCCUCGGAUAGAAACAAAUGGUCUUCCUGAGAUGCGAAGGGAAGCCUCGCCAUAUGCCUGGACGAAGCCAACACCAGCAUCGCAAACUCAAAGAACUUCAGAAGGUCUCUUUCUCUCACCCGACACAAUCACUCCGCCCGCUGCUCCCAAUUCUACAACAUUCGACAGACCGCCGCCAACGAGUGUACCUCGCAACGACUGGUCUGAUCGAAGCCGACGUUCAGGAAGUUGUUCGACAAGAGACAAAUCCCCACCACGGUCGCCCUCACGCCACGUGUACGAAGGACGUAGUACUGCAGAAGACACGCGUAGCGCAGACGAUCACAUCCCUUAUAGACCGUCCACGCGAUAUUCCUGGACCAAGCCAGAUCCACCUCAUUCUUCUCCUACGACUCCUUUCAAUCAACCUGCGGACGGCCCAAGACGACAGUCAGGUCCCACGGAAGGCAAUCCGGCUGCAUACGACUACUCGAGAAAACCUGCACCUCCGCAAGUUGUCAAUCUGCAGCAGUCUGGACGACCCGCAUACCAUCCACGUCACUCAAGUGAAGGAAGCUACAACUCUUACGAUAACACUACCCAAGUUCGCAAUACAGGCUCGGACAAAGUGAAGGACAGUCACCCGCCUAGCAUCCCAAGCUCAAGGCCAACAUCGCGAGGAGGUUCGACUCAGUCCUCUCCCCAGCCUUCACCACGUUUGGUCACUUCACCAGAAUAUCCUUGGAACAUGGGCUCAGCAGCUUCCACUACCACACGCCGCGCACCACCGCCAUCUCGCCUUGCCGAGACCACAAUUUCCAAGUCGCCUCGUCCCCAAGCGUCGAGGUCUGUAUCUAGUCCGUACUCGCCUCUUCCCUAUCCGGAUGACGACCGCCCGUUCGAGACCAUGCCCUCAGAAAAAGACCACCAGUACUUCCCGGAGCAACCAAAAAGCUAUCUGGCGCCGGUAAGCGAGCCAGUAACGCGCGUCAACACGCCGAAAGAGCCACCUCAGGUCAGUCGUGUCCGAGCUGCUGAAGAGAAGUCUGCAGCUCCUGGUUCGUCAAGGCGAGAGAAAUCAAAAUCAGAAGAUCUCUCUUCGAAAGCUCGGAAGUCUACCAGUAUGGAGCAUUUACCAGCAUGCAAAAGAGCGAGAUACAUGCUCAAGUACGAUGACUGGUACACACUCGAAGGAUAUCCUGGAUUCAACAUCUGCCCACGCUGCUUCAAGUACGCUUUCGACCGGACACAAUUCGGCACAGCUUUCAGAUUAUUGCCAAAGGAUGCGCCAGCAAACCCUAGGAGGUGCGAGUUCAGCAACGCUUGGAUACGGCUUGCUUGGCUCUUGACAGCAAACAACCGUCAGAACACGCUGAACGUGAUGAAAACGAUCUUCAAGGCCGACGAGACCGAAGAGCCCUGCCCAGGCAUUGAGAGAGGCUGGUGCAGUUGGUAUUCGAUUCGUGACCGAGAUGGACAGUUCCUCCGAGACUUUGUCGUAUGCCCAUCUGAUGUGAAAAGAGUCGAGACUUUAUUUUCCUGGAUCAGAGGUCUCUUUGUGCUACUGCCAAGCAGAUUUACCUACGAUGAGGAUGAAGAUAUCUUUGGAAGGUUCUGCUCGUUGCGUCCCGAGAACAACAAUCGGUUUGCAGGCUACAUCGAUUGUCUGUUUCAGCUUCACGAGAAUGCAGUGUCCAGCCAGCGGUUGCCUUCUACAUCAGACUUCGUCUCACUUGUCGGACACAAAACCAUGCUGCCCGAAUGCCUCCGGGACGACAAGGUUGAGAAGGGGGACUGGUACUACGUUCCAUCGCUUGCACCUGCUCUGACAGUGUGCGACGAGUGUUACAAUGAUGUCGUCUUGCCAUGGGUGAGGGCAAACUCGGAUGUGGCUAUGAGGUUCAACCGGGCCAAACAGAGUGUUCGUAACGAAGGCAAGAAUGGAUUGUCCUGCCAGCUCUACUCACGAAGGAUGCGAGAAGCAUUUCGGUACGCAGUCGACAAGAACGAUAUGAGGUAUUUGGCAAGAAAAGCAAAGGACCGGAAGGAAGUGGAGGAAGGCUUCCAGCGAAGAUGUAAAGAUUUGCAAAAGGAAGGAGAAUCACUCAAAGGUCGUAGCGGGUAUGCGAUCAGCUCUCGGGCAGAGCAAGAGUUGGCACAACUUCAACGUGAGAUUGAAGCCAUUGGAGAGACUUGGGAACAGGAAUGGGAGUGAGGGGAGCGCAAAAGUUCAGCACAUCCUACUUUCGACAUUGACUAGCAUGAUGCCGGUAUGAUAGCACGGCCAACAACCAAUUCUUGAUGGAUUCGUGUUGAUGAUAGGUGAAUUUUGUGACAUUUAAUUAAUUUCCAGCGGAAGAGGUGGAGAACCCCAGAUUGUGAC